GGUUACGUUAACGGUGAGAGGUCGGUGACAAUGUAUGAUUUUUUUUUUUUUGAAGACAACCACUCUUAAAAAAGAUGGAUUAACAAAAACACUGUGAGGUCUGGGUGAGAUACGCUUAUGGACACAUGUCCAUCGCAGUAUCUGAAAUUGUUCUUAAGGCUCAGCAGAUACAUUAGCAACAAUGAUGAUGUCGAUGAAUAAGAAGGCCUAUGACCGAGUUUCAAGGGAGGAAGUAUGCUUCAGUAUGAGGAAGUCUUUGGCAUCAGGGAAGUAUGAGACAGCGGUGAGGUGUGCUGUAGGAAUUUGCUCCUUCCGAUGGAUGGAGAGAGGGGUCCUCAUGGACUAUGAUGUUUGUGGAUGAUGUUGGGAUUUUGUCGUGUGAGUGAAGAGGAGUAGCAGGAGAAGGUGGAGGUGGGAGCAGGAGAAAAGGGAGAUGAAGGACACUGGAAGCAGGAGGAAGAACGGCAACAAUUGGCAGCGUUUGGUUCAACUGUUUAGAUUUCAAACACUUACUUGUUACGCUCAGACUGAAGUUGCAAACCUCGCGAGACCGAGAGAGAACCAGCUCACCACUAUAGAACCCAACGUCGCUCUCUGAGAAGUUUGGUAUGUGCAGGACCGUCUGGUUGGUGGCCUGCAGUGUGAUGUACAAUCCAUCUCUGCAGGUGUUUUCACUAUUGUGUUGAAACGUCACUCUACAUUUGUUAUUUUUCGUCUGAAUUUUCCAGAUAACAUGUAGAAAAGGAUUGGACUGGCCCCGACAUGUUAGAUUGACGUAGCUCCCAAGCUCAAACGAUAAAGGGACCUCUGCAAAGAAGCAUAAACAAAGACUUACUUAGUCCACUGGACCAAAGAAUCAAAGAGUGAAGCAUCUGUUGUCAUCUUUCCAUCUAGUUAUGGUUACGGUAUUAGGAAUUUAUUGACCGCUAACCUUGUGUAUCAAGGCGGAAAAGUUCCAUCUCAGCAAACAUUUAAACACUCACCAUGCAUUUAAUGCUAACUGUCAAUGAACCCAAUGGAAAACUACAACAACAAUAAUAGAAUUUCAUACCUGAGGUCACGCUCCAAGCUUUAUAUAUGAUGAGGACAGUGAAAAUCCAAACACUCUCCAUCAUAUAUCAAGCUGAGAAAAACAUCGACCAUGAGGCUGUCGAUGACAUUUCAGUCUGUCUGUGCCAUGCGCCGUGUCAGCACAGAAUCUUUGAUGGAUCAUCGUAAAACCCACACGACAGCGUCAGACGCUGAAACCCUCCUCCUUCCUCCCUCUCCAACCAAAGACUUCUCGAAUGACUCAAUGAUCCCGUCUACACCGUUGCAUCCGAAGUGGACCAUGUCCGAGCCAACCUCAGGGCAUAUGCUUCAAAAGACAGACUUAAGAAAGUCCCAGUUUUUGAGUCCAUGUUCAGCUGUCUGCCCCACCACCCAAGUUAUUCCGUCCAACUGGACCCAGUGGACCCAGUACCGGGCUAUGUUGACCGGCGCUGGCGAGGUCACGCUGAGCGCCGGCAGCUAGUGUUGAAGCAGCUAACAGGUGUCAUGAUGCCUCACCGCCAGGAGUGUCAUGUGACCGGCGCAGACCGCUGGAAAUUCUUUAACAGCCCACAGAUUCCGCUGAGUCAGCAGACUUGGAUCGACCAUAGUUUGCCUUUUCCAAAAAGCCAAGACACACUUGGAAAAUAUGCCGAGCACCGAGCUACCCACCGCACAGUGGGUGUUCAAACAGACUACAGAGAAAGUGAAACUCAGACAGAGCCGUACAGCCCAGAGUAUGCUGUAAAGCCUGGCACCACUCCAGCAGAGCUGCUCUCCCUGGCUGUUUUGACGUGGGGCAGGGGUCUUCCAGCAGGCCUGGCAGAGGUAGAGAGAAUCGAGCGGGCGCGCGAGAAGCGCAUCUGGGAGGCCACGCUGCCUCCGUUGGAAGAUCUGAGUCAGCUGGACAAAAGGAGGCGGAUGAUGGAGCAGAAGGAGACGGAGGAGUGGGCCUUCAGGGAGGCGGAGAUACAGAAGCUACAGGAGGCUCGCCUUGCUGUACUCAAGCACCUGCUGAAGCAGAGAGACGUGGCCCAGACCGAGGCUGCGAAUGACAGACUGAAGAAAGUACACGCUGAGCUGCUGAAGAACAAGGAGGUGAAAUUAAACAAGAUCAACAGCGACUACAUGAGGGCACUGAGGAAACUGGAAACUCGACGGAAGAACGUGGAGGGGAAGCUGACCAGAGGCGGACUUGUCAAGGGCUCCAUGGAGGACUAUGUUCGGAGACAUGCGCCGACAGCGAUGUUGAAGGCGGGCAGCAAGCGGGAGAUGCCGCUGCUAUCUGAAACAUUUGAAGGUUUGCUAGAGUUUGAGUCACGACUUCACUCCGCUGCUCUGAAGCAGAAGAAAAAGCCCACGACCGUGAAAAUCGACCCCUCAGAGAGCAAGGACUUGGCUGUGAUCCAGAAAUAUAAGAGCCUCAGAGAGGUGAAGAAAGAAGAGACGACCAGACGUGCAAGUGUCGCUGUCAGGAAGGAGAAGCAGGGUCCUCGCCCAGUAACGCCGACAGUGGAGGAGCCUCAAGAGGAGGAGAAGGAGCUGGCGGUCAUGACUCUGCAGAAGCUACUGAGAGGACGAAGUGUUCAAUACAAGAUGUGUGUUGGGAAGGAGAACCGCAGGGACCUCAUCAGAGAACUGAGGUCCGGUCACACUUUGCACAAGGAUGAGGAGGAUCAGCUGAAGGCUGAUAAGGAGCUGGUGAUGACCCUGAAGAGUCGGAGAGACCAGCGGCGACAUGAGGCUUUGCAGCAGAAGGCUUCUCUGGCAGGGAUGUUGGCUGCGGAGCUUGAAAGCACAUUCAGCACGUUGUCCAAGGAGCUGAUCCACCUUCAGGAGGAACGCAGGAUCCACGCGUUCGCUCUGCUAGCCGAACGAGACCGACGCAUGCGCGAGGCGGAGGAGAGCGGAAGAAGACAAGCGGAGGAGCGCAGACGUAUAGAGGAAGACGAGAUCUUCAGACAAGUGGUUCAGGUGCAUCAGGAGACGGUGGACUCGUAUCUGGAGGACGUCAUUUUGGAUGCGGUGGAUCAGACGGCGGACAAGCAGGCCAGAGAGGAAGUCCACAAGAUGGCGAGAGAGGUCAACGACAUCGCCUACGCCAUGGAGGAGAGUCGGAACACUCACCAACCUGAGGAGAUCGUGUCCGAGUUGGUCUACAGCUUCCUGAUCCCGGAGGUGGAGAAGACCCGAGUGAGGCACGCAGUGCAUCAGAAGCAGCUCAGGCACCUGCAGGCAGCUCGCUCCAUCAUUCACGGACCUUCUCAACCCUUCACUGAAACCUCAAAGUCCCUGCAGAUGGACUGUGGCCCUAAAGAUCCGGGGACGGGGGAAGAACCGCCGACACACUGAGACAAUGCUCCUCGCCAGCUGCACUCAUGACUGAGCUGCGCAUAAUAAAUGGCUGAAUUAUGAAUAUUCUCUGACCAAAUAAUCGCUGUUAACAGCAUCUUCUUGAGACGAUGCGUGGUUUCUCUGAGCCUGGCUGAAACCCCCAACGGAAGCUAGAAAAAAACCACAUCUCCUGCCUUUGGUUAGCAGAGUGAAAAAGUGGCGAGUCAGAUUGCAACUGUGUUUCUCACUGGAGGUUACGACUCUGGUACUUUCCUUCAGGCCUUGCCUCUGUACACAGUACACACAAUAUAGACGCACACGAAUGGCAGUGACUGUGUGCCUGAGCCUGUCGGUGACAUCAGCCCGCACUCGAUGGAGAACUGACACAUACGACAUGCAAGAGAUGAGCACUUCUUGCUCCUUCUUGCACUCAGUGUGUUUAGUGUUUCAACCUGACAAUUUUAGCGGUGAUGUCGGGCAAAAGCUUUUUCUGAAGAAGAAAUCGAGGUGGUUAUUUUGAAUUGUUUUUGGACUCCAGUGCAUGGAGUUAUUACAAACAGAAUAUACUGUAAACUUCUUAGAUCUGUAUUUUACAAACUAAAGUUUCCAUGAAACCAAAAGAACCACGUCAUCUGUGAGAUGUUUUUCAAUGACAGUGCUUCGAAAAAAUAUUAGUUAUCACUCAGAACACUCCACGAUGCUAGUAAGAAAACUGAAAAACUAUAUGGAAAAUAUUGCUCAUUGGUUGCUGUUUUAAGUCAUAUUUUCCUCUUCUGCUGUCACAUGGUUCUUUAAAUUAGUAUUUUUUAAUUCAUUUUUUUUCCCCAUUGAUUUAUUUUUAUUAUUAUUCGUGUUUUAUUUCUUACUCAUAUUUUCAAUGGGAAUGUAUUGUUGUAUGUAUACGGUAUUGUAAACUCCCUUUUCUUAUUGCUUUCUUUAUUUUUGUA